AUGCAACCUGAAGCCAAAGAUAAACCUGGCGAACCCACCGGUCGCAAUGACAGUGAUAUUAACAUUCAGGAAUCACCUCAUUCAGAGAUAUUAAGCCCACAAGGGGAGUCGAAUAAGUGUGACCGACCUAACAGAUUUGUCCGACGAUUCAAGGUUUUUGGACCAAUCAGGAGACAAAGUAGUCAUGAAACAAACUCGUGUCCCAUCAUUGACGAUCGAUCGAAUUCCGCAUCACCUACUAGACGUCAACCACAUCCCGCAGGAAUGCGCACUUUUAGGGGGUUCGGCCAGCCAAUUGGAAUUGACGAACGCAUCUUGGAGUGGCCCCCUCCAGAGCCCCGUCCACUCCUCUACCGCCCAAUUAUGCCACAAUUCGGACUGAUGCUCGGUGGUCUUCCACAGCCUCCGCAUAAUCCGAAUGUCUGGGUUUUCGGUCCUACAGCCAAUGUGCAACAGGUGAUGUUUGAUGAUGGGGCUGAGGUUAUAGAGGCUGAGGACGGGAGAGAAAAUCUGAAUGAACAGUCUUCCCCUCAAAUAUCUCAUGGACAGGGCUCUGCACUACAUAGAACAACGAGUGAGGUAUCAGUGAAUGUAGACCCCUUAAGUUUCGAAAUUGAUGAUGGCUUAAGAGAAGAAGCAACUCCGAUGAUACUCCAAACAGGCGGCGCUUCGAGUUCUCUGGCUGCAUCUUUCAGUGGCCUGCAUCCUGUGGAGUCAUCAGAACCUGACAAUCUGCGGCCCCCCGUUGAUGAGUUGUUCAUCGAGCAGGCUCCAGGGGUCUCGUUAACUCCUUCGAAUGAGGAAGCCUACGGUACAGUUCGGGUUCAGCAAGCUAACAUCGAACCACCUCCAAGACCGAUAUUUUUUGUGAUUGUCGAUACCAACGAGGGCGGGCCCGCCGACGAUGAACAACAGGCCACACAAUUUCAUUUCGCGCUUGUACAAUUACUGGCUCAGCUGGAAUCCGCAUCUGAAGACGAAUCUUUGUUAUAG